AUGUCAGAUGUCACUAGUCAACGUGAUCGUGGAAAAUAUCAAGGUAUCAUGGGAGGAGUUUGGGGUAUAUCCUCACUUAUAGGACCUUUGGUCGGAGGUCUCUUUUCUGAUCACCUAAGCUGGAGAUGGGCUUUCUUUAUCAAUCUUCCAAUUGGUGCCAUGACUAUAACAAUAGUAAUUUUGUUCUUGAAACUUCCAAGACCAACUGGUUCUUUGGGUGAAAAACUUAAAAGAAUUGAUUAUUUAGGUUCUUGUCUUGUAUUUAUUACCGUAGUUUGUUUAUUAUUACCAACUAAUUGGGGAGGUAAUAUUUAUCCUUGGAAUAGUCCUCAAGUCAUUUCUUUAUAUAUUGCUGGUUUUAUUUUUUUAUUGAUUUUGGCUUAUGUGGAAAUUAAAGUUGCUUCUGAACCUAUAAUACCUGCUCAAAUAUUUAAAGUGCGAACAGCAGUAAUAAAAGGUGUUUCGGCUACAGAGUCAGGCUUGUUACUAUUACCACUUAUUGCCGGGCUAGUAAUAUUUUCAGCUAUUGCUGGACUAUUGACAGCAUAUACAGGAAGAGUUCGUGAAAUUAUUUGGAUCGGUUCUUUAAUCGCAAUUGUUGGUUCAGUACUUAUUGGUAUAUAUUUUGAUGCCGAUUCGACAGCAAGCCAACAAAUUGGUUAUCUACUUUUAAUUGGAUGUGGACUUGGUUUGGUAGCUCAAACUACAUUACUUUCUCUACAAAGUUGUGUAGAGAUUGAAUAUUUGGCUACUAUUACUGCUAUGUAUAAUUUUACGAUUUUAGGUGCAAUUUUCAAUAAUGUACUUUCUCAAGGACUUGCAGACUAUUAUUCUAAACAACCCCCAGGAACAUUUGAUAUUGAAUCAGCAAGAAGAGAACCAUUGUAUCUUUGGCAACUAACUGAUAUGGAAGUCAAACAAAAUCUCAUGCAAAUUUACGUUAAUGCAUUACAAGCUGCUUAUAGACUUAAUAUUCCGAUUUUU